CUGGAAGCGGCUUUCUGCAGGGUCACCUCGAUUUUCAGUGAACUCUCUUUCCUCCAAAGCGAUAGCUUUUCACACAUUGUCUUCCUCACGGCUUUCUCACAGCUUUCUUGGUUUUUGUUUUUUAUUUUAAAAGGAAAGCUAACGUGCAAACCUGCCCCUCCUGGCUUAACCGAAGAUGAGCUCUCCUCUGCGCUUUGAUCUAGCGGGUGUCUCUCUCGCAGCCCCGAUUCAGGUCUUUCAAACCACUUUCCCUGCAAACGCAGUAAGCUGCCUCUGCAGCAUAUGGAGCUCUCAAAGGCUCAGAUCUGGCUUGGUGAAAGGAUCCCUGGUAACGAAGAACAAAGGAGAAGAAAUGCAGAAAAGUCGGCUGUCGGAGCGGCAUUGUUUCAAAGGGCAUGGUUUCCGUAAGGCAUACGCCAGACAUUAAGGGGUGGCAUGAGUGACCAGGCUUGCCCCCAGCACUGAGCAGCGGGAGCCACCGGGAGCCAGGCCAGGAUGCCGAUCCCUCCUCCUCCACCGCCGCCACCUGGCCCCCCGCCGCCUCCCACCUUCAGCCAGGCAAACACAGAGCCGCCGAAACUGAGCCGAGAGGAGCAGCGGGGCCGUGGAGCCCUCCUGCAGGACAUCUGUAAGGGGACCAAGCUAAAGAAAGUGACACAAAUCAAUGACCGGAGUGCACCAAUCCUAGAGAAGCCGAAGGGCAGUGGCGGUGGCAGCUACGGCUCUAGCUCAGCUGCGAUCCAGCCGAAGGGUGGCCUCUUCCAAGGCGGUGUGCCCAAGCUCAGACCUGUGGGAGCGAAGGACAGCUCAGGUAAUGGCCGUCUGACUGCGGUUUGCCCCAUCAAGCCCCCUCCCUCCCCAGUCAGUAUCCGAACCGGGUCGGGGGCUCAGGGCCAGUCUCUCGCUCCCCCGCCACCCCCUUAUCGGCAACCCCCCGGUGUCCCCAACGGCCCUUCCAGCCCCAUCAACGAGUCCGCCCCAGAGCUGCCGCAGAGACACAACUCCUUGCACAGGAAGACGACGGGCCCCUUGCGGGGUCUUGCACCGCCACCGCCUGCUUCAGCCUCCCCCUCUCUCCAGAGCAGUCGCCCCCCUCCGCCAGCCAGAGACCCCCCCAGCCGGGGAGCAGCCCCCCCCCCGCCCCCGCCGAUGCUGCGAAACGGGGGGCGUGACGCCCCCCCACCUCCACCCCCCUACAGACUGCACGGCUCUGCCGAGCCCCCAAGCCGAGGGAAGCCGCCGCCACCACCCACGAGGACGCCGGCCGGGCCGCCACCGCCCCCACCACCGGUGCGGAAUGGGCACCGGGACUCCAUCUCCACCGUCAGAGCGUUCCUGGAUGACUUUGAAUCCAAAUACUCUUUUCAUCCUGUCGAAGAUUUCCCAGCCCCAGAAGAGUAUAAAUACUUCCAGAGAAUCUACCCCAGCAAAACAAACAGAGCUACGCGUGGGGCUCCCCCUCUGCCCCCCAUCCCCAGGUGAAAGUGGGCUGCACAGGCAGAUUGUUCCUGAGCAGAGACGGACCUCCUCCCCCUUCCUCAGACGGACCCUCCCCACCUCCCUGCCCCCCACGAUCCUGCAUGAGAAGCUCCCAGCGUCUUUGGUUUUCCCAGCUGCGCCAGGAUGAGCAGAUACCCCCAGCCCAGCUCUCUCGCCAGCCCACCCUCAUCUAUGCAUCUCCCCGGGGACUCGUUGACCUUGCUGGCAGGCCCGGAUGAUGGGUCCUUUCCUCCUUACUCGUCGCAGAUCCCCAUUUGGGCCGGGACUAUGCAUCCAGCCGCAGCCCAGGAGCCGGGCACGAGGACUUGGGGCGGACGCCGAGCCGUGUGCGGCUGGCUGU